UGGUUGUCGAUACAGUGUAUAUAUGAUCGACCGCCGGACACGGCCACAUUGCUGGGGGAUCUCACAUCGCAUCGACAUGAAGGUGUUGGCUCUUCUGAUUGUGCUGGGCGUGUACGCUGUAGCUGCGAAACAAUCGUUUCAUGGACACCGCUUAGUCUCGGUCAUAGCCAAGAACAAGGAACAGCUGAAUGUUCUGAACGGGAUCCUGAGGACGGGAGAACCAUGGGUCGAUGUGUGGAGCUUUUCUGGCAUCAACCGAACCUCCGAGAUCCGAGUCCCCCCUUCCAGCUAUGGGUUGUUCAGCCGAUUGAUGCGGACAGCUAAGAUACCUAUUACUAUCAUGGAGAACGACAUUGAGAUGCUCCUGGAGCGCGCGCGGCAGCCGAGCCUUGGCCCCCAUGAGCAGGCGUCCCCCUACAUCAGCUGGUCCGGGGGUUACACCACCCACACAGCCUAUAAGAGAUACCAGUCGUUUGUGGACAUCAUGGAUGGGUUGAAGAGCAGUUUCCCUAACCUCGUCCAGGAAGUGGGCAACCUGAGUCCCCAGACCUACGAGGGGCGGAACAUCGCCUACAUCAAGUUCGGAACCGGAGGAUCGAAGCCGGCUAUUUUCAUUGAGUCACUGAUUCACGCCAGGGAGUGGAUUUCAGGGGGGUCCAUCAUGUACUUCAUGGAUCGGCUGGUGAGCAGGUACUCCCUGGAUGCUGACGCCAGAUACAUGCUGGACAACUACGACAUCUACGUCGUCCCCGUCUCCAACCCCGACGGCUACGAGUACACCCACACUAAUAACCGAUUGUGGAGAAAGAACCGGUCCCAACAGCAAGGGAACUGCCGAGGGGUGGACCUCAACAGGAACUUCGAAGCAUACUGGAACACCGUUGGCGUCAGCAACCAGUGCAGUAGCGACAUCUACUGCGGGAACUCGGUGUUUUCCGAGGCGGAGGCCCAGGCUAUCAGAAACAAGGUGGCGGAGAUCAACUCCGGAGGUCAAACGCUCCUCGCAUACCUCGCCGUCCACUCGUACUCACAGCUGCUACUUACGCCCUACUCGUACGCCAACGUGCGCCCAGAAAACGCCGUCGAAGUGGAUAACGUUGCGAGGCUGAUGAACGACGCCCUCAAGGCGCCCUUCGGGAGCAACUACCAGUGGGGUCACGGGCCUGACGUGCUGUACCCUGUGUCCGGCGCCAGCGACGACUGGGCCAUGCUGGGGGGUGGGGCGAGGUAUGUCUACACCUACGAACUGAGGCCCCGGUCCAGCAACCCCGGCUUCAGCCUCGGCCCCGAACACAUCAUCCCCAACGGCUACGAGUUCUGGCUCUCCAUGGUCGCAAUGGCUUGCAACAUGAACGCAGGUGCGCCAAGCUGCUAAACUGCACAGAUGCUGAAUUGUUACCGUCAUUGUUACCCGCAACUGGAAGUUUUAACCAAAUAGUGUAUGUAAGUGAAUCCCUUUUUUUUCUUCUUUUUUUUCUUAGAAAAAAAGAAGAAAUAAAGAAGAAAUUUAAAAAAAAAUUGAAUCCCUUAAUGACGUCACGUCAAUAUGACGUCAUAAUGUAAAUGACAUCAUAUGCUUAUCGAAGUUCAGCUUCAUGAUUACAGAGGGAGAGGAAUAUCCGACGGUUUUGUAGAACGUUUGUGAUACGAAUCCUGAAGAACUGUUUCUGUGAGUGUAAAUUUGAGCAACAUUUCUGAUUCAGUGAGGUGUAACGGAUGUCUUCCUUGCUGAAAUAAAAGUGUUCUUAAUCGCUUA